GGAAGAUAAACCGAUCCAUGCUUAUGGGGAAACGAGUUGUUUGUCAGAUGAAAAAUGGCGAAAUAUCUUCUUUUCACUAGUUUGUGUGUGCUCUUUAUGCAAGGUGCAACUGAUAAUAAUAACAGGACAGUGUCAGUGAUGGAGGGAGAUUCAGUCAUUCUAAACACUGGUGUUAUAAUAAACAAUCAAGAAAGGGUUAAAUGGUAUUUCAAUGACAGUCGCAUCGCUCAAAUCACUGGAGAUCUCAAGAUGUGUACUGAUGCUCAGUGUCAUGAAGGUACUGAGAGAUUCAGAGACAGACUGAAACUGGAUCAACAGACUGGAUCUCUGACCAUCAUUAACACCAUAACCACAGACUCUGGACUUUAUCAAGUAGAGCUCUUCAGAAACAGCAGAAUCAGUGAAAACAUCUUCAUUGUAACUGUUCAUGGUGUUUCUGUUUCUGAACUUGAUGAAAUGAAGAGAAAGUCAGUGCAGAAAGGAGAAUCUGUUACUUUAUAUCCUGGUGAAAUAAAGAACAAAAAUUAUGUGAUGAUGUGGUAUUUUAAUGGCAUUUGCAUUGCUGAAAUCACAGAAGAUCAGAGAAGAGUCUGUACAGAUGAACAGUGUAAACACAAAUUGAAAGACAGACUGAGAGUGGAUCUUCAGACUGAAUCUCUGAUCAUCAUGAACACCACAGAUACAGACUCUGGACUCUAUCAACUACAAAUCAGCAGCAGAAGUUUCAGGGUCAUAAGGAGCUUUAUUGUUACGGUCACUGUCUCAGGUUACGUAUGUAAGCCUGGCUCCCUGAGAAGGGAAGGCAUCCUCUAG